ACUGCGCCCGUCGCUUGCAAAGAAAUACAUUCAGCGACGGUGGGGUCGUCCACUUUUGAAGAAUUGUGAACGAGAGUCCCCUUAGAACAUAUCACCGCCUUGUCGACGUCGACGGCGUAGACGAGAUUUUGGGUGAUCAUUCAGAUCUUUGGACCUCCGCGCAGCACCACCCUGCCACCCGCUCCAGCAAGAGAGAUCGAAUUAUGCUAUGAGUAUGCACCUGAUCGUCCAAGUUCGCAUCAGUCACGGCGCAAACCCUCUUCAACGUGACGAACGGUAACCAGCAGCACGAGCCAAGGCAACCCACAGACCGCAGACCUUCCUAACCGCAUCGCAUCGCGUCGCGUCAGCGGCGUGCCGCGUUUAUUACGAUCAUGGGCCCUUCGGCAUCCAACGAGUACCUCUGCACGCAUGACGAGUUGCCAGCAUGGUGCCACGACAAUGACUUCGUCAUUACCGGCUACCGAAGGCCGGGCGGCACGUAUGCUGAUGCGAAAGACAAGGGCAAGGUGACACACGGCCAGCUCAACGGCCAUGCGAGCGCCGUCGCAUCCGAUGGCAAGUCGCUCCGCAAGCCUCGCUUGAGGGCAAAAGCAUCAGAGCCAUUUGCUCGAAGCGAUGAGAGAAAAACUGUCACUGGUGUAGAGACAGUAUCGGAAGAGACCAUCCUUUUCGAGCAUGAUACGCUUCAAAAAUGCUGGAACUCGAUUUGGUUGUACUGGCACAACGAGACUGUGAACAUUCACACUCACUUAUGGGGCGCACUGGCAGCCGUGCUGCUCGCCUUCCUGCAUACGCUGCAUUACCUCGACCUCCUACCCUCGUUCCUGAACCCACUUGCCCACCACCCCAUCUUCUCGCCGCGCUCCUUCCCCGCACGGGUCCUGACGGUAACUGAGCCGACCAGCUUCGCUGGGCGCCUGCGUUCCGCAGUGUCCUUAUCUUCCACGCUUGGAGCGGGCCAGGCGCAUGUCGCAUCAAAGGGCGCCUCGAUCCUGACUAGCACUACUUCAACGCUCGUGCAUCGCGGCGGCGGUGGCAUGGCCGGCAGCCUGCUGCGCCGACCGGCGCCGCUGAACCAGGUCCUCCAGUUCGACAUGCCGCUCACUGCGACACAUAUCGCAACAGCAUGGUCCCGUCCACCGCAUGCGCUCGACAUCAUCAGCUUCACCGCCUUCUUCGUCGGCGCCGCCGCGUGCCUUAGCUUCAGCGCGACAUUCCACACGCUCCAGGCGCACUCGAGCGACGUCGCGAAGCGGUGCCACCAGCUCGACUACGUCGGGAUUGUCGCCAUGAUCUGCGGCAGCUUUGUGCCCGCGCUAUUUUAUGGCUUCCACUGCCACCCUUAUCUUCAGAGGAUGUACACCCUCGCCAAUCUGAGCUUGGGUGCCCUGGCAACCUUCCUAGUCAUAAACCCGUCCUAUGCAACACCCGCUUACCGACCGGUCCGCACUACAAUAUUCCUUAGCCAUGGGCUGAGCGCUGUCUUUCCGACUGCGCACGUCCUCAUGCUGUACGGUCACGAAAAUGUCGCCAAAAUGAUGGGCGUCAACUUCCUCGCCGCUAGUGGAGCGCUAUACGUGGUCGGCGCCUUGCUCUACGUCUUUCGCGUGCCGGAGCGUUUUGCGCCGGGAAGGUUCGAUUAUAUUGGCGCGUCUCAUCAAAUCUUCCACGUCUUCAUCCUGCUCGCAGCUUUUGCACACUACGUAUCCAUUCGUCGGGGGUACGCCUUCUGGCACACCGUCGAGGCGAUAGGGAGCGACAGGAGUGCUGCUGCAGUUUGUACUACCCUUGAGCAAUGGCGCGGUUAAAUCGUCAUCCACUAGAGACCGGUAAGAUAUAACGCACUGGAGGCACACACACAUACAGAAUGCACAAAUAGAGGUAGACGCGUACAUGGGCAUUAUGAAUUGCAAACGAUUCUU